AUGUUAGUUCAAGAAAAUGAAAACGGUGUUGAAAGACCUGUGUAUUAUCUUAGUCAAAUGUUAAAUGGUCCUGAAACUAGGUAUAGUGACAUAGAAAAACUAUGCCUGUGUUUGUAUUUUUCUUGUACGAAGUUGAAGCAAUAUAUAAAAACAAUUGAUGUGUAUGUUUCUUUGCAUUCUGAUAUUAUUAAACACAUGUUGUCUAAACCAAUUUUGCACAGUCGAAUUGGUAAAUGGGCAUUAGCGUUAACUGAAUACUCCCUAACAUAUGCUCCGUUGAAAGCAAUGAAAGGGCAAGUAGUAGCAGACUUCCUUGACCAUUCUGUGGUCGCCGUGCCUCAAAAUUAUGUCGACCUGGUACCCUGGAAGUUAUAUUUCGAUGGAUCCAGUCACAAAGAUGGAACAGGGAUAGGAGGAGUCAUAAUUUCUCCAGAUGGAAUUCCAGCAGAGUUCAAGUAUUCGAUAGAUGGUAUGUGUACCAAUAAUGAGGCAGAGUAUGAAGCCUUAAUAACCGGACUUGAACUGCUGCUAGAAUUAGGGGCAAGGAAUGUCGAAAUUAUGGGAGAUUCUGAGUUGGUAGUUAAGCAUGUCUCUAAAGAGUACAAAUGCGUCAAAGAAAACUUAAUCAUGUAUUUCGUAAUUGCGAAUAGGCUACUCAAGCGGUUCGACUCAACAAGUAUCCGACACAUACCCAGACGAGAAAGUCAAGAAGCUAAUGAUUUAGCACAAGAGGCAUCAGGAUACAAGAAAGAUGAUGACGAAGAGCCUGUUCAAGUGAGAGAAAAAGUUCGAGCGACUGUGUUAUCUCCCUCAAAUUUGUCAAUUAUAAAGUUAGGUGCAGUCGACGUCGAGAAUUUCAAAAUUUUAACGGUCGAUAAUGGACAAGAAGACGACUGGCGUAAGCCAUUGGUAGAAUACUUGCGCAGCCCUACAAGUUUGACAGAUAGGAAGAUCAAAUACAGGGCUCUUAAUUUCGUUCAAAUGAGAAAAGAACUAUUCAAGAAAACAGCCGAAGGAGUACUGCUUAAGUGUCUGGGGGAGAGCGAAGCAUAUUUGUCCAUGUCGAGUGUACAUAGUGGGGCCUGUGGCGCGCACCAAGCUAGACACAAAAUGAGGUGGACUUUGAUGCGUUCAUGGGUUUAUUGGCCCUCGAUAUUAAAAGACUGUAUAGAGUUUGCAAAAGGAUGCCAAGAGUGCCAGAUGCAUGGGGGAAUCCAACACGUUCCUGCAAGCGAAUUGCAUGCCAUUGUGAAACCUUGGCCGUUCAGAGGAUGA